GCAGCACCACCCGGAAGACCAAGUGUACAAGCUGAAUCCCGUGCAAGUGGCGUUGUGACUGUUUCAGCAAACAAAUGUAACAGUGCAAGACUUGAAGAUUUACUUACUGAGAAUAUGGACGACAUGGAUCCUGUAACAGCCAAGCGAGCUAUACAUAAAGCAGCUCAAGAGAAUUUUAAAGGUGAAGAUGUGGACAUCAUUUGUUCUGAUUCUGGAUUUACAUAUAUUGUCAGUACAGAAGAAUAUUGUGAAGCACAGAAAGGCAAAAUUAUCUGUUUUAUAUUUAAAAGCCACAAUCCCCCUUCAUAA